AACGUUUUCAGAUCCCCGGUCUUGGCCAUUGUAGCCUGAGCGGACACAGCUGCACACACUUCACCAGAUGUGUGUUUGCGCAAGGUUGAAAGUCUCUGGGUAAAAGUGGGUGUGUGCGACCCUGCUGCCGUGUGCGGAACAAACAAAGCAGAGACGGCGAGGAGAGGACGAUUCUGCUUGAAAGACGACUCCCAGCAGAUCUUUUCCUCCUUUCCCUCCCUUUACUUGCUGUUCAGAGCGAAAAAAAACGACGCAGGGAGACGUAACCACAAGUUUGGUCUGGUCAAUAUGGACAGGAAGCAUGAUGAAGAAGGACUUAAGAACUCACAAGCUGGCUGAUCAUAUGAUGUUGCUUUAAAGAACCCAGAGGGGUAUCUUUUUUUCCGUUACCAUUUAUACUUCUCCUUUAAUUUGUGUUAACCAUCCCCCUAGCAUGUAAUUUUGGAAUGUUUCCACAAAGCUUCACAGCCGUCUGGCUUUCACUGGUAAAGUUUUUAUCAUCAACAAUGCUACCGCAUAUAAUCUGGUGCAAAACUGUUGCUGUAUGAAACAAAAGUCUAUCAAGGAGAGAUUGAAAUCAGGACAGCGCCAUCGAUGUUCAAUGUCGCCUGCUGCACACUGACAGGAACUGAGAAGUGAGCACCCACACAGGAAAUGUGGUCUAUCCCGGAUGUUGGUUAUCUGACGUGAAUAAAAUAAUGAAGAUAGACUGAAACUUUUCAAUAAAAAGGCAUCUUCCAGAGAGAGAGUGGCAUAGAUGAAGAUCUGUGAAAGGCAGCACCCGGAAGGGGGCUCACCUUAAAAAGUUCCUGUCUGUCAUUCGGCCAACGAGGACAUUUUGUAGCCAUACAUCUGCAGAUUUUAUACCUCUCACCACAACCCACAAAUACACUGAUAACUACUGAGAGGCGCUUAUGGAGGAGGACAGCUUGUGCACCUCUCAGACAGUUGCUACAGAUUCAGUGCUUCAGCAAGAAUCAAGUAACGGUAUAGAUCAUCAGUCCAUCAAUGGGGAAGAGGAGGCUGCAGCAUUGUCGGAUCAGGCCAAUCUCAGCCCUAAGGAGGGCUGUGAUGCCUCUGAGGAGGCGGAACAGUGGGGCCAAAUGAUGUGGCCAGUGUGUCAUGUCAACUGUACCAGCCCCCCACUUUCCUUUGCUACAGUUCAAUGGGACAUGCCCAAUCCCGCUGCAGAGCAGCCUCUGCUCAUGACUGACAGCAGCUCAGCCAAUGAGCUGGACUUUGAGGAUGUCAGCGCUGUGACGAAUGAAGGCAGCACUUCCCCAUCACUUCACGAGUCUCAAGAGGAUGUCAGCGCUGAGCUUUUCAAAGCAGAGAGCAGGGAGGAAGAAGCUGGCCUCGAUCCACAGCCUCUGAAUUCAGAACCUGAAUGGACAGGAAGUGACACUGAGCCAUGUGAUGCUGCAGAUGUGCAAGAGCUGGAGACACGGUGGAAAGAAGACGAGCUGGUAGAGAGUAAUAACGUCCCAUUGAGAGCAGAAUCGGAAGAAGAGGAGGGUCGCUCAGUGACAUCACAUCCCGCUGAAACUGAGGAACUAAUCGAUACCGCUCUGGGAACUGGAAGCUCGGAUGAAUAUGUGGACAGCUUUGUAGAUUUAAAGCUAGAAGAGGAACAGAAAGACUCCUGUGUUCUGCUGACUGGGCAGGAGGAGUCAGGAGAGUCGGAGGAAAAGCGAACUUCAGCAAAUGGUGACAAAACCGAGGAAGAGAACGAGCAGCGGGGCGAGGUAGAAGAAGGGCAGAGUGAGGCAAACGCAUCCUGCAGUGAAGAAAGUGUCAUUUGUCUGAUGAAUGUGGAGGUACAUCCAGAGCUCCUUCCAACUGAUGACACUGGAGUGUCGACAGAGGCAGAUAAGCUAGUGGAUCUGCCACCCCCAGAGCUUUUCGAGGAAAGCCUGCAGUUCAGCGCUGAAGAGGACCAAGAGAUACUGAACCAGUUACAUGAAGAUCUCACCAGUCGGACAGAAAUGUGUGAAGAUGUCGAACAGAACGUGGAGCCUGAACAGCCAGAAGCUGUGGACAAUGACGAGGGAGCAGCGUUACAGGUUUUAGAAAAUGCAGAGAGGAUAGAAAACAAACAAGAGCUGGUUGAAAAACUGGAGGAUUUAAAUUGUUUAGAGCAACAAGACUGUGUUCAAACAGCUUUGCAGGACACAGACGCUUCACUGCAGCUUGAGGUGCAGGACAGAGAGCCUGAGCAGCUCGGGGUGACUGAAAACCCAGAGCAGAUACCAGUAGAGGGGUCACAUGAAAUCGAGGAAGACGCUGACCACUUAGAACCACCCCAGCAUCUGGAAGAGUCACCAGAGAUGGAACUGACAGACCAGGUAAUCCAACCUGACGAUGCAGAGCAGCCAGAGGAGUCUCCUCAGUUGGAGCAGGCUGUUUGUGUUGAAGCUGAAGACCCUGGAAAGGCAGGUCAGCAAGAAGAGACAGCGCCUUUAGAAGACGAUAGGGAACCAGUAAAUACAACCGAAACUCAGGAGGAGUUAAAUCAGGAGGAAAAACAGGGUGAGACUUCAGAUCUAACAGAAGAUGUUAGGGGGACUGAGGAUGGAGAUUUAGAAACAGUAGUGGCAAACGGAAAGCAGCCCAUGCCCCUGGAGACAGCGGUGCCUCUUAUGAAUGGAGGCGAGGUGGACAGAGAGAAGGCCCGCAUCCUCGCUGAAAAGCUGUUCAAGUUGGACGAGAUUCAUCGUGGAGAUGUGGUGAAGCACUUAGACAAAGAUAACGACUUCAGCCGCGCUGUCGGAGAGGAAUACCUGAAGUUCUUUGACUUCACCGGCCAAACUCUGGAUCACUCCCUGAGGUCUUUUCUCAAAGUGGUGGUGCUGAUAGGAGAGACGCAGGAGAGAGAGCGCGUGCUGCAGCAUUUCUCCUGCCGCUUCCAUCAGUGCAACCCUGACUCCUUUUCCUCCUCAGGGGCUGUGUUGGCUCUGACAUGUGCCCUGAUGCUUCUCAACACUGACUUGCACGGACAGCAUGUAGGAAAAUCCAUGUCGUCUUCUAAGUUUGUGUCAAACCUGGAUGGAAUGAAUGAUGGAGCGAACUUCAACAAGGAUCUCUUGAAAAGUCUUUACAACUCCAUAAAGAACGAGCCGCUGGAAUGGGCUGUUGAUGAGGAUGAGCUGAAGAAAGUGGUUAAUGAAGAUCCGGGCGACAAUCCACGGCUGCGUUCAAAGGUUAACCCCUUUCUGGACGUUCCUCAUGACAAAAAGGCUGCCGUCGUCAAAAACGGGUUUCUCCAGAGAAAGCUACACGCUGACAUCGAUGGAAAACGCACACCAUGGGGAAAGAGAAGCUGGAAGACUUUUGAUGGAGUGCUUAAAGGAAUGGUCCUUUACUUACAGAAGAAUGAUUAUCGAAGGGAUCAGCACAUUAUAGAGGAGGUGGUGAGCGUGCAUCACUCUCUGGCUGAACCAGCAGCCGAUUACACCAAGAAGCCACACGUUUUCCGUUUGCAGACGGCCGACUGGAGGGUUUUUCUCUUUCAGGCCUCGUCCAAAGCGGAGAUGAAUUCGUGGAUCAGCCGCAUCAACUUAGUCUCGGCUCUUCACUCGUCGCCUCCGUUCCCCGCUGCCGUCGGCUCCCAGAGGAAGUUCCGCAGACCGAUCCUCCCCGCGUCGCAGUCGGCUGAGACUCUGGAGCAUCAGCUUCAGUCUCAUGCAAAAAUGCUGGAGUCCUUCAAGGUGGACCUCGAAAACCAGCAGCAAAGCACGCUGGACGGCAAAAAGGCCAAAGCCCGGGAUAUGGAGGAGCACCUGCAGUACCUGCAGCAUGAGAUAUGUCGCUAUGAUACCUACAUUCGGGUGCUGGAGGGGUGGAAGAGUGUGAAAAAGACAGGCGACAGCGAGUUAAAUGCACCAGACCUGAACUCGUUUGAUAAAGCUGUAUGCGCUGACUCUCUGGGAGAGGAAGAUGAUGUGGAAGGCAUGCUUAAAAAGUCCCACUCAAGCCCUUCUCUGGAAUUGGAGGUGGCGCCUGCAACGGUGGUCAAAGUCAGACGAAACAUCUCUGAGAGACGGACGUAUCGCAAGCCCAUCAUUCCUCGAUGGAACAAAGAGGUCUGAAAGCUGCUUCGCUCACAGAUCACACGACCAGUUUAUAUCCUUUGAAAGUUUAGAUUCGUGCACGCCGGAGGUGCGCUGACGUUACUCUUUUUUUAGUUUGUGGAAGCACCGAGCAGAGAACAAAGAAACACCCAAGUCUCAUCUAAAAACUGCCAUAGCAACUUAUUGAUCUUGUGCACUUUUUAACCUCAGGUAAUCCAUAACCUUCAAACUCCCUCAGGACCGAGGGGAGACCCUGACCUAAUUUUUUGAGUGACUUAAAUUCCUGGACCUAAUUUAUUUAGUAUUGUUUUAAUUUUUGAAUUUGAAUUUUUGUUUUUCGGUACUCAGAAUGGCACAGAUGUUUUUCACCGUGCUUUGCACCACAAGAGGGUACUGUAGCACAGGAUAUUGUGCUGUGAUAUCGCCCUGCCGUCCUGUCUGUUGUGAAGUGGUUUUUCUAAAGAAUCCUCAUUGCACUUUUGUUUUUCUAUAUCAUAUGUACGAAAUGUUUAUUUUCUCUCUCUGUUACAUGUUUUGUUCAAAUGAAAGGUUCCUUUUCCACAAUAAAAUAUAACUUACAUUUAUUAUUCAGUAUUCUGGAGACACUUUUGGUUUCAGCUCCUGUUAUUUAUCAUCAUUUUUUAGCACAUUUUCAAGACAACCUUGUUUUUAUUGACACAAAUGCCAUUACUGAUAUUAGAAUAUCUGCCAUAAAGCUCACAGAUACUUGUGUGGCGCUUGUUUUCACAACAAAAUGAAUCUGAAUCAAUUUUUGGACUGUAAUUUAUUUGUUUUGUGCCAUCUUAUAUAUCUUAUAAUUGUAUUUUUGGUCCAUUAAAGACUAAAAGUUUA